AACAAACACCGUCCUGCCGAAGAUGGCGGAGAGUUUGUAGAGGGGUUAAAAAGAAACUGCUCUGCUCUGUGAAAGCGUCGACGCCGGAGAUGUUGAGACAUUGAAGAGACACUAGACCCUGAAUGGAGCUUGACUGGGGCUUGUACUGGCCGAGGAUGUGAAGCUGACUGAGGGCUGAUGUCAUCUUUCUCCACUGCUGUAGAGGUGCUGAUAUGUGAUGAAGAUGAGUGGCGUUGGAGACAACUCGUUGGAGCCGCUGUGCUCCGACCGUAAACGUAAACUGUCCACAUGUGACACACCAGGUUUAGGGUGUGACAAGCGUCGGAGGGAACAGGAGAGCAAGUACAUCGAGGAGCUGGCUGAGCUCAUCUCUGCCAACCUCUCCAACAUUGACAGCUUCAACGUCAAGCCUGACAAAUGUGCCAUCCUCAAGGAGACCGUGAGGCAGAUCAGACAAAUCAAAGAGCAAGGAAAAAGUUCAUGCAGUGAUGAUGAUGUCCAGAAGGCGGAUGUGUCCUCAACUGGUCAAGGGGUCAUUGACAAGGACCAUCUGGGACCACUACUCCUACAGGCCUUGGAUGGCUUUCUGUUUGUGGUGAACCGAGAUGGCAACAUAAUAUUUGUGUCAGACAAUGUGACCCAGUACCUGCAGUACAAGCAGGAAGAGCUGAUCAAUACCAGUGUGUACACCAUCAUCCACGAUGAGGACCGGGAGGAGUUUCACAAGAAUCUGCCCAAGUCCAACGCACCAAACGGGGCAUCAUGGGGUGGAGAGGCUCCCCGGCAGAAGAGUCACACCUUCAACUGUCGUAUGCUAGUGAACUUUGUUCAUGGUCAGAAUCAUGGGUUGUCGGAUGAGAGACCUGGAGGCCAACGCUAUGAGACCAUGCAGUGUUUUGCCCUCACUCAGCCCCGGGCUAUGAUGGAGGAGGGAGAAGAUUUGCAGUCUUGUAUGAUUUGUGUGGCGCGACGCAUCACAGCAGUAGAGAGAACAGAGAGGUUUAGUACUCGCCAUGAACUGUCUGGUAAACUGAUUGAAAUCGAACACCAGAGCUCUCUUCACACCACUAUGCGCCCAGGCUGGGAGGACCUGGUGAGGCGUUGCAUGCAGAUGUUCCUCCAACACAGUGAAGGACAACCAUGGUCCUACAAACGUCACUAUCAAGAGGCUUUCCAUAAUGGCCACGCAGAGACCCCACUCUACCGCUUUUCACUCUCCGAUGGCACCCCAGUCACAGCCCAGACUAGGAGUGACCUCUGCAGGAAUCCCAACACCAAUGAGCCACACUCUUUCUUGUCCACACACCUGCUACAAAGAGAGCAAAAUGGUUAUCGUGGAAACCAAGGCAUGAGGCCUCAAAGCAUGGGUGUGAACAACCCCAACCAACAGAUGAACACGGGCCCAGGAGGAGGCAUGAACAGGGGCUAUGGCAUGGCGGACCAGGCCAACAUGCCACACAGAGGAAUGACUCCAUAUGCUGGGGGUAACCGCACAAAUCAGAUGAGUCCCAUGCAUCAGAUGAACAACGUCGGUCAAAUGAAUCAAAUGAAUUCGAUGCAUCCAAAUAACUCGAUGAACCAAAUGGGGCCCAUGAAUCAGAUGGGCCACCAUGGCAUGCACCAGCAGCAGCACCAACAUCCACAGAUGGGUCAGUUCCAUGGAGGAGGAGGUGGACCUGGAGGCGGAGGGUAUGGCAUGGGAAUGACCAGCCCCCCCCAGGCCAGUCCAGGGAUUAACGCCCCCCCCCACAAUGUCAUGGGCUCACCCAGAGUCCUAGGAAGCCCCAAGAUGGCUGCUAGCCCCUUCUCUCCUGGUGGUAUGAACUCUCCCAUGAGCUCCAGUCAUCCUGGUCAUCCUGGUAACUCUGGAGGGGGAGGCACCACCUUUUCCAGCAGCUCGUUGAAUGCCCUCCAAGCCAUUAGUGAGGGAGUGGGCAAUCCGAUGCCCUCCCCACUCACCUCUCCUCCACCUCACAAACCUGACAGCUCCCCAAGCAUCAACUCCACCAACCAGUCUUCGGGUGUAACAUGUAAACCUGGCCUCCCAGCCUACUCUGACUCUAAGAGCCCAGGCAGCUCAUUGGGGGCUGGAUUAGAGCAGCAGUCGCAGCAGCACCCACACACUCCUACCAGCGAGGGGCCUCCUGACAAGCCGGACAGCCAGGUCAGCAGAGACAUGGGUCCAACCGGGGGAGAAACCGGUCGACGGGUCCCUGACGGCAGAAGUCACAAGAAACUUCUGCAGCUCCUCACUUCCCCAACAGAUGAGUUGGUGCCACCCAAUCACACAACAAGCUCUGGACCCACCUCCUCGCCUGAGACUAAAGAUGGAACAGCAGGUGUCACCAGCCCCUCCUCUUCAACAGGAGUGUCCUCCUCUACAGGCGGAAAUCAUGGCGCUGUGUCCUCCUCUGGUGGCGCAGGACAUUUAUCGAGUCAGUCGCUGCAGGAAAAGCACAAGAUCCUCCACAAGCUCCUCCAGAACGGGAACACUCCUGAUGAUGUGGCUCGCAUCACAGCCGAGGCCACUGGGAAGAGCAGCUUGGAUUCAGACCCUGGGCCUGCUGCCACUGCAGGAGUUAGGGGGUCCGAAUCCAAACAGGAGCAGCACAGCCCUAAGAAGGAGAAGCCUCACGCGCUCCUUCACUACCUCCUCAAUAAAGAUGACACAAAAGAAGGUGGAGAUAUCAAGCCAAAGCUGGAGGAGCUGGAAGGGAGAGGACCUCAGGGGGCAGGGGUUACCAGCUCUGAUCCCCACUGCAUGGAGGGAAAGGUCAAAUUAGAGCCAACUGAUGAGGCGGAAACUCUGGAGACCAUCCUUGGUGUCCCAAGGAACAACUCUGGCUUCUAUCCUGAAGCAGACUCCAGAGUAGGGAAGGAAGUGGGAAACAAACAAGGAAAUCUUCCUGACAGUUUACAUGAAGGGGAGAAAGGCCCCCUGCCGCCAGGUCAGCGUGGUGUCUAUCAAAGAGCUUUGUCCAUGGAUGCCAAGCCCAUGGGCGCAGAGGGGCCAGUAGGAGGCGGGCUAGCUAUGAGAAGGAACGUCCCCUGUCCCACAUUGGUCAAACAGGAGAAUGUGGAUGCUACAAUCCGACCUGGGGGUAUUCCCAAUGGCUUUCCCGGAGGCAUGGGAGUGUGUCCACCGCGGGGAAAUCCAAGAGGAAUGGGCAGAGGUAUGGGAAUACCCCAGCGCCCUCCCAUGGCAGGGCCAGGGGAGUGGGGGAUGCCGAGGUCUAGCGUGAGUCCUACAAUUGGACCAGGACACCCGGGCAUGGGUCGCUCUGUCCCAAUGGGAGGUCCCAUGAUGAACCGCUCCAACAGUGUACCUGGAAACACCAGGUCCAUGCUGCAGCAGCAGCUCAUGGAUAUGGGUACCAAUGAUACCAGUAUUAGCAUGAGCCCGUUUCGUGGACAUGGACCUCCGCCUCGGUCCCCCUCUUGGCCAGACUCUGCUAUUGGAAUGGACCGACCACAGAUUAAAACAAACAGGGACCAGUUUGCGCACCCCCUGCAUGAGUUGCUGGGUCCCCUGACCAACAGCGAAGGCCCGAGUGAUGAGCGAGCUCUUCUGGACCAGCUAGAUUCUCUACUCAACACGGCUGAUGUCAGUGCUUUGCAGGAGAUAGACCGAGCCCUUGGCAUCCCGGAUAUAGUCGGCAAGACCCGCAGACCUGAAGGUCACCCGCAAGAUCCAGGUCGUGGUCCAGGUCGUGGUCCAGGUCGGGGUCAGUGCCCCCCAUCGGAGCCUUUCCCAGUGCCCCCAGAAUCAACCAUAGGCAUGGACAAAAAAGCCAUGUAUGGACAGGGCUACCCUGGCACCCCAGGCCCCCCCUCAGUGGGCAUGCAAGCUGGUUACAGCAGCAACACAAUGCAAGGCCAGUCUCCAGCAGGCUUCAACCCUAUGAUGAAUCAGAUGGGCCAAACAGGGAGCUUCCCAGGCAUGGGGGGUAUGGGCAACCCCCGUGCAAACAUGAUGAGACCUCGCAUGAUGGCCACCAAGCCUCUCCGACUGCAGCUACAGCAGAGGUUGCAAGGGCAGCAGUUUAUGAACCAGACCCGACAAGGCAUGAAGAUUGAAAAUCUCCCCGGGGUAAAUCCUGCCAUGCGUCAAGGCAUGCAGCCCAGCAUCCAACCGGGCAUCCAACCCGGCAUGCAGCCCAGCAUGCAGCCCGGCAUCCAACCAGGCAUGCAGCCAGGCAUGCAGCCAGGCAUGCAGCCCGGCAUCCAACCCGGCAUGCAGCCAGGCAUGCAGCCCGGCAUCCAACCCGGCAUGCAGCCCGGCAUGCAGCCCGGCAUGCAGCCCGGCAUGCAGCCCGGCAUGCAGCCCGGCAUGCAACCCGGCAUGCAACCCGGCAUGCAACCCGGCAUGCAACCCGGCAUGCAACCCGGCAUCCAACCCGGCAUGCAACCCGGCAUGCAACCCGGCAUCCAACCCGGCAUGCAACCCGGCAUCCAACCCGGCAUGCAACCCGGAAUGCAAAAUGCAGGCAUGGGUGGUCAGCCUGGUUUCCUAAACGCUCAGAUGAUGGCUCAGCGCAGCAGAGAGAUGAUGACUAUGCAGAUGAGGAGGCAGCGGAUGAUGAUGCUGAUGCAGCAGCAGCAGCAGCAGCAGCAGCAGCAGCAGCAGCAAGGGCAGGGAGCAGCAGGAGGCUUCAGCCCUCCCCCAAAUGUCACUGCACCAGCAGGCAUGGACCACCCCAUGGGAGGACCUCCUUUAAACCAGCCUGGACAGCAGGGCUUCAACUAUGGAGGCAGCUAUGGGAUGAACCAGCAGGGGGAUCCAUCUUUCAUGGCUCCAGGUAGCAGCUCACCAGGAAACUUGAUGCAAGGACGAAUGGGGGGCCCUCCUCAGAACACAGUGACGCAAGGGAUGCAGGGAAACCCACAGGGAGGGCCCAUGUACGCAUCUGGUGACAUGAAGGGCUGGCCACAGAGCGGCAUGCCUCGCAACAGCUCAUACUCGCAGCAACAAUACCCCCAGCAAAGCAACCAGGGCCAGUUUGGACCCAUGAUGAUGAACAACUCCAUGGCUGGACCUGGGCAGGUCAGCGGGGCCGGGGCAGGACAGUUGGGCCAGAUGUCGGGCCAGAUGUCGGGCCAGAUGUCGGGCCAGAUGUCGGGCCAGAUGUCGGGCCAGAUGUCGGGCCAGAUGUCGGGCCAGAUGACGGGCCAGAUGCCGGGCCAGAUGCCGGGCCAAAUGCCGGGCCAAAUGCCAGGCCAGAUGCAAGGCCAGAUGCAAGGCCAGAUGCAAGGCCACAUGGGCAUGAACACCAUGGGAAUGGGUAGAAUGCCAAUGGGACCUGAUCAGAAGUAUUGCUGAGGACCUGUGGAUGACAGCAGAAACCGGAGCCUUUCCCCUGUAGCAAAGUGGCCAGGGCCACGAGAAGAGCUGGGCUUACACACAGACACACACACACACACACACACAUGCAGAUUAGGAGUUCCCCUUCAUAAAAUGUAAUGCAGGAGACUCAACACAACGCAGUGUUCAUCCUGAAGGAAGUGGGCUACGAGGACAAGCCUGCAUCAGGUUUCAUCGCCAACUGAAGCCUCACAACCCUAUUUAGGUUAUGCACAUGCACACCUACUAAAUACCUGUGGCUGUGUGUGUGUAUACACAUGAAUGAGCUGCAGCUGUCGGGCAGUAUUUAGCGUCACAGUCAGGCUGCAAAGAGGGACUACGGUACAACUGAUUGUGGCCGCACUUUACCUGGAGGCUUCUGUGUGGAACAACGAUCGAUGCAAUAUUUCUUCAUCAUUAAAGCCUUACUAGAGAUUCAAUGCCUUCACAACAAUGGGUUUCUUCUCGGCUGCUUCUUUUUUAUCCUUUGGAUGCGCCUCGUUCUUUAAGACGUUUGAAGCUCUAAGCACAGUUUUACUAUGUUAUGCAGAUUGGAGCAAUAACUCUCACCUCUACGCUUUAGACUGUAUCUGAGCACCAUCACCCCUCCUAUGAGCAAACAAAUGGUACUGCAGUAUUAGAUGUCUCAAGUGACCUCUGUGAACAUGAAUUGUAAAUAAUCUACAAAAUAUAUCAAACAUGUUUUUUAAAGGCCCAUUAUUGCACAGAGUAUGAGACCUGGUUGUAUUUUUGUGUCCCAUAUGCCAAUCCGGAUUUGGUUCAUUAGUUGUUGUUUUUUUGCGGAGGCAAAUAUUGCAGGUGUGUUUGGGUUUUUCAUUCCUAGUUUGUCUUUAUCUGGAUGCUGUAUUUUUUUUAAUCUUCUGAAAAGUCUUUUCUUCAUGUUUUAGUCGAGGCACUUUUUAUUUGUGAUAAGGAUCUGAUGAGUUGAGGCUUUGAGCUUUCAGCUGUCAGAGGUCUUUAUUGGAAGGGGGAGGAAAUGAAUUCUGUCAGGACUGUCCAUCAAGUUAUUUGUGUGUGUGUGUGUGUGUGUGUGUGUGUGUGUGUGUGUGUGUGUGUGUGUGUGUGUGUGUGUGUGUGUGUGUGUGUGUGUGUGUGUGUGUGUGUGUGUGUGUGUGUGUGUGUGUGUGUGUGUGUGUGUGUGUGUGUGUGUGUGUGUGUGUGUGUGUGUGUGUGUGUGUGUGUGUGUGUGUGUGUGUGUGUGUGUGUGUGUGUGUGUGUGUGUGUGUGUGUGUGUGUGUGUGUGUGUGUUAUACAUGUUGAGAGGACCUGACUCGGGGAAGAUAGGUUUGGGGUUAUGGUUAGGCAAUAAGUAGUUAGAGGUGUGUGUGUGUGUGCAGUUCACCAACAGACCUCUUGUCCUCCUCUCUCUCCCUCCCACCAGCUCUGUGUCCAGUGUAUUUUAUUAGCAGCAUCUUCUUUUGUGUGUUAUUCUAAGCUCGCUGAAUCUACCUUAUCAAGAUCCGCAAUCCAAAGAUAUUUUUCCACAUCCCUGUAUAGUUUCUGGUGUAAAAAAUGUUUAUCAUACGUGUCAUGUUAUUCUGAUGGUAAAUGGGUACAUAUCAUGGAUCUGUAAUCACAUAUGACGGUUGUGUACUGCAAGCUAACGGCUAUCGGUGCAGUGCAAAGAGGAGCAGACGGUCCCAACCCCACAGCAGAAGGUUUCUACAUCCAGAGAGGAAAAGAGAAAGCAUGUUUUGCUGUGAAAGAUAAAUAUUAAUGGAAUGAAUUCAACUUAAAGACAUAUCAAUAUCUCCUCUAUUUUUUGGGAAACAACUUCAUUUUAUGUGCAUAUUUUGUUACUUCAGGAAAAAUGAACUUUGUAAAGUUUUGAUGGAGUACAAAAGGAGGUUUGUUUCUGUUUUUCUUUGUGUGGAGGUAAGAUAAGCUGUCAUUUUACAGGAUGUAUAUUACAGAAUUUUUUUUUCUUUUGAUGUUGAUAUUGAUGUAAAUACAAAUUUCUAUUUAAACACU